AUGGCUGCAGGCCCUGGUAUCUGCAAAAUUCGUUACGCGGACACCGGUUGCGACAGUAGAUUUGAGCAGAGGAUGAAGGACUGCGUCCUGUGGAUAUUGGAUGCUGUUAGAGGAGAAGCUAAUGAGCGGGUGGAUCAGCGAACCUGCCUGAUCUGCGGGGACAGGGCGACGGGGCUGCACUAUGGCAUCAUCUCCUGCGAGGGCUGCAAGGGGUUCUUCAAGAGGAGCAUCUGCAACAAGCGCGUUUACCGAUGCAGCCGAGACAAGAACUGCGUCAUGUCACGCAAGCAGCGCAACCGGUGCCAGUACUGCCGGCUGCUCAAAUGCCUCCAGAUGGGGAUGAACCGAAAAGCAAUCAGAGAGGAUGGCAUGCCGGGAGGCAGAAACAAAAGCAUCGGACCUGUCCAGAUAUCAGAGGAAGAGAUUGAGAGGAUUAUGUCUGGGCAAGAAUUUGAGGGAGAGGCGAACAUGUCAUGGAGCAACAACGGAGACAGUGACCAUAGUUCCCCUGGAAAUGGAGUUUCUGAGAGCAACCAGCCUUCACCCGUUUCUACUCCGUCUUCAAGGUCCGUGGAGCUGAAUGGGUUCGCUGCACUCAGGGAUCAGUAUAUCGGGACGCCGGUGUCCACGCACUAUCAGUACCUCCCGCACCUUUUUAGCUACUCUGCUCACUCGGCUCUGAUGCCCCCCCAGCCGCGCAGCCUGGACCCCCAGUCGCACAGUCUGAUCAAUCAGCUGGUGUAUAAAGUGACUCAGGCGGAGCUGUUUGCGUUGUUGUGUCGUCUGGCGGAUGAAUUGCUUUUCAGGCAGAUUGCCUGGAUCAAGAAGCUGCCUUUCUUCUGCGAACUCUCCAUCAAGGACUAUACCUGCCUGCUCAGCUCUACGUGGCAGGAGCUGAUCCUGCUCUCCUCGCUGACUGUUUACAGCAAGCAGAUCUUUGGUGACCUUGCGGAUGUCACCUCCAAGUACUCUCCCUCUGAUGAUGAGCUGCACAGGUUCAGUGAAGAGGGGAUGGAGGUGAUGGAGCGGUUGAUCUACCUCUUUCGCAAAUUUAACCAGUUGAAGGUCAGCAACGAGGAGUACGCGUGUAUGAAAGCCAUUAACUUCCUAAACCAAGACAUCAGGGGCCUGGCCAACGCGUCCCAGCUGGAGCAGCUGAACAAGCGGUACUGGUAUGUUUGCCAGGACUUCACGGAGUACAAAUACCCGCACCAGCCAAACCGUUUCCCAGAUCUAAUGAUGUGUUUGCCAGAGAUACGAUACAUUGCAGCCGUGCGUGCAGACCGGAUGCGCGGCGGGAGGAACAAGUUUGGACCCAUGUACAAGCGGGACCGUGCCUUAAAGCAGCAGAAGAAAGCUCUGAUCCGUGCCAACGGCUUCAAGCUGGAGACCGUGCCUCAGAUCGUGUCCCCGGUGCAGAACGACUACGGCCUGUCCUCCACCAUCCACAGCAUCCACGCCAUGUCCAAGACCUUGCCGCCCACCCCCGCCACCCCCGAGGUCAUCCUGAGGCUGCUGCAGCUGGAGCCCGACGAGGCACAGGUGAAGGCGAGGAUACUGGCCUGCCUGCAGCAAGAGCAAGGCAAGGGCCGGCACGAGAAGCUCAGCACCUUCGGCCUCAUGUGCAAGAUGGCCGACCAGACCCUCUUCUCCAUCGUGGAGUGGGCGCGGAGCUGCAUCUUCUUCAAGGAGCUGGAGGUAGGGGCCUGGGUGGGGGAGAAGGAUGCUGCGCCGGGUGGGCGGCGGGAGGGGG